UGCUGGCCAUAAAGGAAGUUCAUUCGACUUGAGUCCAAAUAAAAAUAAACCGAUCCGAUCCCAGCGGAGAUGCAGUCGCGCAGCAAGUCCGAGAUGAAGCCCAUAAGAAAGGAGAUCCUCAAUCCGGGCAACAGCUACAUCGAGCUGACCCCGGGCACCAGGGUGAAGUUCCACUUCCAGACGCGCAGGGCCGGCGACACUCGCAUCAUCGACGACAGCCGCAAGAUGGAGAAGCCCAUGGAGCUGGUGCUGGGCAAGAAGUUCAAGCUGGAGGUCUGGGAGCUGAUUGUGCAGCAGAUGUCCCUCAACGAGGUGGCCAAGUUCACUGUGCACAAGUCGCUCUGCGCCCAGUAUCCGUUCAUAUCGAAAACGCUGCGCGACAUUGGCAAGAAGCCCGAGGAGCGACGCCACUGCUGCGGCAUGACGCUGCAGAACGAGGGCAUUGGUUACCCCGAUCUUGACGAGCUACUCCAGCAUCCCUCCGAGCUGGAGUUCAUCAUCGAGCUGAUCUCCAUCGAGCUGCCCGAGCAGUAUGAGAAGGAGCGCUGGCAGAUGUCCGACGAUGAGAAGAUGCUGGCCACCAGCACGCUGCGCGAGCGUGGCAACAAUUUCUACAAGGCCAGCAGGUUCACGGAGGCGGAGACCUGCUACCGCGAGGCCGUGGGCAUUGUGGAGCAGCUGAUGCUGAAGGAGAAGCCCCACGACGAGGAGUGGCAAGAGCUGGCGGCCAUCAAGACGCCGCUGCUGCUCAACUAUGCGCAAUGCCGGCUGAUAGCUGGCGACUACUAUGCCGUGAUCGAGCACUGCAACGAGGUGCUCACCCUGGAUCCGCGCAAUGUGAAGGCUCUGUUCCGGCGGGCCAAGGCUCAUGCUGGCGCCUGGAAUCCGGCCCAGGCACGUCGCGACUUCCUCGACGCUCUGGCACUGGAUGCCACCCUAAAGACGACCGUGUCGAAGGAGCUGAAGUCCAUUGAGGAUCAGCAGCAGGCCCGUAACGUCCAGGAUCGCAUUCAUAUGCAGAAGCUCUUCUAGAACAUAAGUUGCGUCAACGUGCUGCUCAUGCUGCUCGUCUAUUGGAGCAGCUACCUGCAGCGCUAGCAGUACCUGUCCCUGCCCCCCAUCCUGUUGCUGGCCGUCAGCUUUGCCCACUGCCUCGUGCUGCUCUGCUCGCUGGCCAACCUAUUCCUCUGCUGCUGGACGCUCAAGAAGCUGCUGCGGGCACUGCGGCUGGCCAGCCGGUGACCAGAGGCAAGAGAACACAAUCAACUUAGGUACGACCUCAUUCUGUGAGAGCUGCAUUUCGGAACACUAUACACUAUAUACUAUACUAUGCUCAUCCCUCGCCUCGAAUCACGUUCAUUUUCCACGCUGUAGGCUAAAAUCUCGAAGUAUAUUGUAAAUGUAACAUCCAGAUGGAUGGAUGAUGUAUACAUGGUGUGUAAGAUGUUGUUCACGUAGCGUUUACCAAAACAGGAAUCAAAUGUCCAUAGUCGUAUCUGUAUGUUUGUAUAAUGUUUAUCCACAUAUGCGAUAUUUACCCGUAGCUAGAAUCUACUCUAAGUCUAGACAAAUUCUAUAUAAGAUGUAAUAAAUGUGCUUGAUGCUGUCUAAUUGUUAAAUGUAGUACGCGAUAAGAAUGCGUAAUAAAAUGCAUUAGCAUAAGGUAUUAAAUUGUGUAAAAUAAAUGUGUGUACCCUUCUCAACU